AUGUCCGGCUCUACUGAUAAGCGUGCUCAACCAUGGCAGAAGUGGUAUGCUCCUCUUCCUGAAGAGGCUGCCACUGGACGUCUGAUGCUUAUCGGUAACAAUGGCAACGAUAACUUCAACCGCCAUGUGUUCGGCACCUGUUCGCCUGCCACUGUUGCGACCGAACAACAUAUCGCAUCCCAGCGCGCUGGAAAGGACAUUGAGCGCGGACAAAAGGUUCAUUCUUGA